AUGCCUCCUCUGUCAGCUUACACUCCGUUUGAAUCUCUUCUCUUCUUCCAGUCUCUGGCUGCUCAUGAUACGCGCCCUGCCAAUUUUCUGUCCAUCUCCGACCGCUUGCGCAACAACCCAUUCAUACGCCAGAAUGUCGCCUUUGACGCGACGCGUCUCGCUCCCGAGGCCCUCGAGGACCUCUACACCACUUUGAUGCGCGAUGGCGCCGACCUAGAACCCAAUGGUGGCCAUGUCGAUGGCAGUAAUCCGAAGAAACGAAAGAUUGUCAAUGUGCGACCCGAAUCCCUGGGGGACAAGGAAAUAAAUCAUGCCACUUUCGUGCCCGGUUUAGUCUCUCACCUGUACGCUAGGUAUAAGGACCUGGUCACGCGUGAGAUUCGGAACGAAGAGAAGCGAUUUAAGGAUAUCCGCGAUGAAAUCGACCGUUUACAGAAGGAGGAGCGCGAGGCGCUUCUGGACUCUUCCCAAUCAAAGAUUGUCCAGCAGAAGCCAGUGCCGCAGCCAUCCUCCGCCAAGUUUGAGGCCGUCGCCGAAUCUGCGCCCAUGGAUGUCGACACGAAGCGGGAAAGGGAUGUGCCCGUCCAGCAACCUCUCAAGCCUGCGUCGCAGAAUCCCAUCAACUCGACUCCCGCGACGGAUGGGAAGCGAACUUCCAUCGAAUCCCAGCCGAAGAAACUCGCCCAGGAACUAGCAACCCCUGUGCCACGCCCGGCUGCUGUACAAGCACCUGCACAGCCGCAGCAGGAACAAGCAUCGAAAUCUCAGCCCCAAACUCAACCUCCAUCCCAUCCUCAACUACCAUCACAACCGCUACCCCCAAACCAAACUCCCCUAUACCCUCAACCUGCGGCCUCAUCUAUCCCCCAUACGCAAACUGUGAACGGAGUGGGUACAAUCCCGCCGAAGCCAAUUGCCCCGCGAAAUGUCCCUCCUCAAGGCGUCGCAGCAACACCUGCGCAAGCGGCUGGACCCGGUCAUGGACCCAAACCUUCCCUCGACCGGGGCCAUGUCGGUCCGCCGUCGCAGACACCCCAGGCUAUGGGCAUUCCUCCGUCCGCAGCUGUUCAGAAGCCUCCUGCGACUGCUAGACCUUCUGGCCAAGAGCCCUCAUCUAUGGCCGCACCUUCGCCCGCUCAGCGUCCUCCGCCGCAACCUACCUUCCAGCAAUGGUCUUUAAACCAACCUCAAACACCGCGUCCUCCACAUACCAUACCCACCCCCGCGACACAGGCACCCAUCAGACCUACACUACCACAUACUCCGCAACUAGCCCCAAAGACGGAGCCUAAGAAAGGCCCUAAGGCUCCUCAACCUACACAACCGACACCUGUGCCAUCUACCCCGGGACCUGCCUUUUCAGGUAUCCAGUCACCUGCUCCGAGUGGCCUGACACCUGGUUUCCAGACUCCUGUGGGGCCAGCCCAAUCCUUACCACUUGCGGAGCUGCGUGGACGGCCACGUAUGUCUAUCGACACCUCUGGCUCUCUCACGCCGUGGAAACGAACCCCCCAGUUAAGUAUACCGACAUCGCCGCGCUCGCCUGAGCGUCCGAGACCCGAGGAUGUGAGCCCAAUCAGUGAGACCGCCCCGUCUCUACCGGGAUCACGGGAACCGACCCCCGAGGCGACGGGACCUCCACGCAAGCGUCGCCGAAACGAAGCCAGGACCGCAGAACGUGGUCGAGAGUCGAGUUUUGCCGAUGGAGAGAGCAAGACCGGACUACGGGCAAAGCCGGAAAAACUAGCCGUGUCGGGAAGCAAAAGGCGCGACCGCAGCACCGCUUCCUCCAGAAGUCGUGGGCGCUCCGUUUUGUCCCGGGAUGACGAAGCGGAAGCUGGGCCAAUUAGUAAGAUCAAGCACGAGUUGCCGAGUACGCCAGCCGGUGUUCCUGAGACCGUUGAGACGGACCAGCGUGCAACUGGACGAAGAGGCGCCCAAGCCCUAGAGGAACGAUCUGGCAGGGGCCGGCCCAAACGUAAACGCAGCGAGGCGUUCGAGCCGGAGUCGCUCACCAAUGAGCUUGGUCGUCCGGACCCGAACCAGUCAACACCCUACGUCCUGUGUGCCCGCAACUUUCCUCGAACGGGAGCCCCAAUCAUGAAUGAUGUAACAACCCACAAGCAUGCAUCAAUCUUCACUAAACCCCUGACCGAGCGAGACGCACCGGGCUACCGUGACCUAAUCUACCGACCCCAAGAUCUCAAAUCCAUCAAGUCAUCCAUUCACCAAGGCAGCAAAGCUGUAGCGGCUGCCACGGAAGCCGCGAAUACUCCGGUGGCGGAUGGAGAGUCUCCUGCUCCCUCUAAAAACGCGGUCCUCAUGCUACAGAAGACUGAAGAUGUCAUCCCACCCAAGGGAAUCGUCAACUCAGCACAGUUGGAGAAGGAACUGAUCCGCAUGUUCGCCAAUGCAGUCAUGUUCAAUCCCGUCCCGCAGCGUGGGUUCGGUCCGGCUUUCCCGAUGACCAGUGACGGCGGGUCGAGGGCGAGUACUCAGGUCCCCGAGGCUGACGAGGGCGGCAUCAUCAAGGACACGAUUGAGAUGUUUGAGGAUGUUGAACAGGCCGUCACUCGGUGGCGCGCUGCUGAGCGAACUGCGGAUGAAUUGGCGAGCAAGAGCGUGCUCUCGCUUCGUCGCGGCAGUGCCAGCGAUCCCAAUGCGGACAGUGCCGAUGAGGAUACAUUGGAUAAGCCUAAUGUGCUUUUGAACAAGAAUAUCUCCAACCGGUUCCUAGGACAAUCAUUAGGAGACCAGCCGAUCCUUCCAGUUGAUUCCUGCAAUUCCAGACGAGUUCUCGUUCUAGGAUCCUAUGAUGACCAUCCGUGCACCCCAUCAUUCCUGGCCAUAGAGAAAGCCUCACUUUCACAUCCGUUUCGCCUCUCCUCCGUGGAACGUCAUCCUAUCUGCGCAAAACUUAGCCCCUGGCUGGCUGGAGUAGAAUGCAAAUGGAUUCCGCUGUCGACUGAGGAUGGAACAUUUCCAUUCUUCUCCUGUUGGCGAAUAAACACCAAAGAGACCCUCCACAUCGGCUAUGAUAUCCGUGAAUGUUGCUUCCUGCGCAUCUUCUAUCUCCUUAUGGCCGUUUUCAAGAUUCCUAAUGAAGCCACCCCAAGGCUCAUCGGCUAUUCCGAAUAUAUAUGGCGUGAAUAUGCAAUGGUUGACGAGAUCGAUGACAUCUUUGGACCUAUUGUGCAAGAACUUGAGGAGCUUGUAUCCCGGUAG